AUGCGAGUUGGUGUUCAUCAAGUUCGCGCUCAGGCUCGGUUCAAAGUAUCACGAAUCUAUGACAUGUGUUUGAUCAGCUCCGGGCUGCAGGUAGCAGCUAGACCGGUUCCGUUGCACGUCGCAAGGCACGACACAGACGACGACCGCUACAAUGACACCUUCUGCUACAGUUGUCAGUCGCUGUUUUUGUCUAAAUGCUUUCUGUGCCGAGGUCAACAUGUUACGUCAAAAUGUCCCGCAAAGUCAUGCCAGGUUAUGUGUUCGAAAGUGUCGCUUACAAUGGAGGCCGAGCGACUUGAAUUGCCUCCAGUGACCCGUUUCAAACGAGGUGAGGACUUUCACGACGACAAUGAUCACGUUCCCUUAGGCCGGUCCGUCGGUGGUGAAUGA